AUGUCUCUCGUACCAGUUCUUAUCAAUCAUUAUUUAAACGAUCCAUCUCGACAUUUAUAUUUAUCAGUUAUCAAAGGACUACGAAAUGGAAUUGUAUACGGCGCAAAAGUUCGUUUUGCUCAUUCCGUUGUUCAGUCAAUCUUAUUUCGUAAUGAACCAUGGAAGAACCGUUUACAAUUUAUUAUUCGUAUGACAUAUUUGCAUGCAAAAACUUUGGGCCUAUUUGUUUUUCUAUACAAAGCAUUGCGAUCGAUUUUCACCUAUGUUUUCCGUUUAAGAAAACCAUGGCGAUCAUUUAUAGCAGCAUUUAUUGUCGGCUAUUUUGUAUUUAAUGAACACAAUAGUGUUAAUGAACAAAUUAUUCUCUAUUUAUUGUCACGAAUAACAGUAGGAUUUGCGAGAUAUUUACAAAAACGUUCAUUAUUGCCUAAAACUCAACGACCAUUGUUUCCUUGGUUUGCGGCAUUUAUUUGGGGAGUUGUUUUGUGGUUAUUUGAAUCACACCGCGAAACAUUACAGCCUUCGUUACGUAGUUCAAUGACAUAUUUAUAUGAUAAUAGCAAUCAUUGGACAUCAUGGAAAGAUUUUAUUGUCUACGAUAAAAUCAAUUAG